GGGUGAAAGCGAGUUGUAGUGGGAGUUGAAGAGAAAAGGAAUGCCAGUGUAAGAGGCUAUAGUAAAAGAGGUCUCUUGUAAAUUGAGUCACAAAAUCUAUUUGUAAAAUUAUUUACUUGAUUAUUCUUUGGAGUGUGAAAGAGAAAACAUUACAAUGGCCUGCAGCAAUCCAAUUAUUUGUAUUUUUUGGCUACUUGUACUUGUGUUUGUUUCAUUUAUCGUGGCAUUUUUCUUAGCUCCAUUCUAUGUUAUUGUACACUGUCUGACUGCGUUUAUAAGUGGACUUGAUGAAUGCGCAAAUUUACUGUUGAAGGGAGUCCAAUUUCCACAUCAUUGCGCGAAACAAAUGUGCAACAGUUGAAAAAAUUUUCUUUAAUUUAAAAAAAAUAAAUAUUAACUUAGUACUUAACAUCAUGGAAUUAAAUUAUUUUUGAGAAUUCAGGAGAAAUGUGAAGAAGCUAUAUAUAUUUCACAUAUAUUAUAUAUAAAAGCAUGGCUUUUUGCAGUACCUGUUAUAUUAAUUAUAUUUAUUUUUUAAUAACCAUUUUGUGCCAAUAAAAAAAUGUAUUCAUCACAUAUUGUUAAUAAUAUAUAUGUAACAUAAAUGUAUAUUCUAAAGUA